CGUCCGGCAAGGGCAUGAUAUCCGGGGUUCCGUUAGCCUCAGAAGCAACUUGUACCGCAGCUUACUGCUGAAAACGCAGAGCUUGUAACUGAUCCGGAAUGCAUGUCCCCGUCCGGCAAGGGCAUGACAUCUGGGGUUCCAUUAGCCUCAGAAGCUACUUGUACCGCAGCAUAUUGCUAGGAGCCCACGGACUUGUAUGAAUACCCACUACUCGGUGGUCUGUCCACAGCGCCGGGUCGUCGGUAACCUAUUUCUCACUUCUACGCCGAGUUAGAUGAUACGAGAAACAAUAUGCACAGGGUGCGGCUGACCACUCCUCGGCCAGAAAUGUCAGCCUCGUUGAUGCCAAUGCCUGUCAGCCUCUCGGCUGGGAACAUAAAAUUCGGACAGCCUAGACCUUUCUACCCACCCCAAUCUUGUCUUCAACGGUCACCUACGAGCUCCACUAUUAUAAUCUUUCACCCUCGUUUUCAUCAAACCAUGCGUGCAUUCAUUCUCGCCACUGCCCUCGCCACGGCCACCAUCCACACCGUCCAUGCCAUGCCUAACUCCAACCUCGCGGUACGCAGUGCCUUCCCAGAUGCCGCAGGCAUCCCCCACAUAUCACAUCCUUCCCAUCAACACAACAAACUAUACCAAGGAAAGAAGGUUGGCGAGGGUGAACAACGGAUGGUUCUUAAUCAUGCUGCACCAGGGUCCGAUCAUCUAGCCGAGUCGCAUGAAAAACAAAGGUCAUCGAUCGUUAGAAGGGAGAAGAAGAGCGGACGAGGAAUGUUCAUGGAACGGACGAUCAAGAAUGCAGACUACGGUUCCGGAAGUGCCCCUGCAGGGGAAGCUGUGGCACACUCCCAACCUGACCCUGCUCCCAGCCCGACCAACACGCCCGCAGCCGCUCCCGGUCCUGCAAGAAUUUCUGAUGACACAGGACCUCCUCAAGCUGCCCACGCCUGACACGUUUCGAAGAAUGUUUCAGUGGAGCGGUCAGAAGCUU